CCCCGCCAAGAUGGCGGCGCCCAUGGAGGCGGCGGGCCGGUUCCGCACCCGGGACGUGCUGCUGCCCGGCGGCCCCUCCGACUUCGGCUCUCUCCUGCUGUCGCCGCCGGUGCUGGCGGGGCUGGAGGCGGCCGGGUUCCAUCGGCCGUCUCCGGUGCAGCUGAAGGCCAUCCCGCUGGGGCGCUGCGGGCUGGAUCUCAUCGUGCAGGCCAAGUCUGGCACCGGCAAGACCUGCGUGUUCGCCACCAUCGCCCUGGACGCGGUGCUGCUGGACAGCCCCGCCACGCAGAUCCUGAUCCUGGCUCCCACCAGGGAGAUCGCUGUGCAGAUCCACGCCGUGAUCACGACGAUCGGCAUAAAAAUGGAAGGCUUGGAGUGCCACGUGUUCAUCGGAGGGACGCCUCUGAGCCAGGACAGGAGCAGGCUGAAGAAGUGCCACAUCGCUGUGGGCUCGCCAGGGCGGAUCAAGCAGCUGAUCGAGCUGGAGUACCUGAGCACGGCCAGCGUGAGGCUCCUGGUGCUGGACGAGGCUGACAAGCUGCUGGAGGAGGGCAGCUUCCAGGAGCAGGUCAACUGGAUCUACUCCUCCCUGCCUGUCAACAAGCAGAUGCUGGCAGUGUCAGCCACCUACCCCGAGUCCCUGGCUGCUGCUCUCACCAGGUACAUGAGGGAGCCCACCUUUGUGAGGCUGAACCCCACGGACCCCAGCCUUCUUGGGCUGAAGCAGUACUACAAAAUUGUGAAUUCCCAUCCCCUCCCACAUAAAACCUUUGAGGAAAAAACCCAGCACCUGCAGGAGCUGUUCAGCAAGAUUCCUUUCAACCAAGCCUUAGUGUUCUCCAAUUUGCACAGCAGGGCUCAACAUCUGGCUGAAAUACUGACAUCCAGAGGCUUCCCUGCCGAGUGCAUUUCAGGCAACAUGAAUCAAAGCCAGCGACUUGAUGCUAUGGCUAAAUUAAAGCAAUUCCACUGCAGAGUUCUGAUUUCCACAGACUUGGUGAGCUGUUACUGCUUCCAAACAAGUUUUUUACAGAUCCUACUUCAAAUUUAUUAACUGCUCUGCAGAUUUUACAGCACGCAGGAGUACCGCACAUAAAGUCACUCGGGAGGGUCAGAUUUGGCUUGGAAUUGGAGAGAACUCAAAUGUGCUGAUAAGAAAUGUGCUGAUGGAGCACCAUGGGCUCAUUUUCAGAGUGGGGUGUAGAGAUCACCCCCAUUCCUCACUGCCUGCCCAUGGCAGGGGCUGCAGUGAGGUGAUCCUGCUGGGGCCCAUCCAACCCCACCCAUUCUGUGCUCUGCCUCAGAAAUAGUUGUCAAUUUAUCUGUUGCUCUGCAGCUAAAAGCUGCUCCGUGGGCAGGGUGCUGGGAGUGCCAGGCGUGUUGGGGUGACUCUGACACGUUGGGGUGACUCUGACGUGUUGGGGUGACUCUGACACGUUGGGGUGACUGACAUGUUGGGGUGACUCUGACGUGUUGGGGUGACUCUGACACGUUGGGGUGACUCUGACGUGUUGGGGUGACU